UGCAACAACGUGCAAGACAUGCAAGAAGGAGGACGUGUAGGCUGAUCUGCAUCGUCGUUUUCAACAUUUUGCUGUCAAUUCACCAAGUCGGAAACACUUUUGUUCGAAACAAAGAAAGCAAUUGAUUGUGACUUUUCACACACGUGGCCCUUUCGUUAUUGAAGAAAUUUUCUUUUGGACGCUGUGCAGUGUUUUGUUUGGCCAGUCCUUCACAAAAAUGUCACCAUCCGUGCCAUGUGAACUGGUCCGAUGAAUGAACUGAGUGAAUGAAAAACUUGAGUAGGGCCUCCUAUCCUAUUUUGGUACAUUUACUUAGCUUCUGGUCGUGGAACUCGUCGCAGAACUCAAGAUGAAGGUGAAGAUGUUGAGUCGUAACCCUGACAAUUAUAUUCGGGAAACCAAGAAUGAUAUUCACAAAGUUCCAAGGAACUAUGAUCCCUCCUUGCAUCCCUUCGAGGCAUCAAGGGAGUACAUCCGAGCGCUGAAUGCCACCAAGUUGGAGCGAGUCUUUGCCAAACCAUUCCUGGGAGCCCUAGAGGGUCACACGGACGGCGUGCAUUGUAUGUUCAAGCAUCCCGGCAGCUUGUCGACGCUUUUGUCCGGGGGUUGCGACGGACAGGUCAAAAUUUGGAAUCUGUCGACCAGAAAGUGUGAGCGAACCAUCGCUGCCCACAGCGGGUUUGUGAGAGGCGUCUGCACGGACAGAAAAGCAACAAAUAUCUUCACGGUGGGAGAUGACCAGACAGUCAAACAGUGGAGCAUGGCGCCACCCGAGUACGGCAAACAAGAAACACCCCUCAAUACCGUAAUUGGAAAGACAGUAUUUCAGUCCAUUGACCACCAUUGGCAGGAUGCCAAGUUUGCCACCAGCGGUCAGCAAGUGGACAUAUGGGACGAGCAACGGUCAGAGCCCCUGCGGUCAUUCACCUGGGGGACAGACAGUGUACACAGUGUUAAAUUUAAUCCGAUAGAGACAUACAUGCUGGCCAGCUGCACGGCCGACCGUAACAUCAUUCUGUACGACAUGCGGGGGUCGACGCCCCUGAGGAAACUACUACUCAACAUGCGCACAAACACGAUAGCGUGGAACCCGAUGGAAGCGUUUACGUUCACUGCAGCUAACGAAGAUUAUAACCUUUAUACAUUUGACAUUCGGAAGUUAGACAUAGCGCUCAAUGUUCACAUGGAUCACGUAUCGGCCGUCAUGGACGUCGACUACUCACCCACCGGGAAGGAGUUUGUCAGCGGAAGCUUUGAUAAAUCCGUCCGGAUAUUUCCAUCAGAUAGGGGCCGCAGCAGGGAAAUCUAUCACACCAAGCGAAUGCAGCAUGUGACCUGCGUCAGAUGGAGUCUUGACAACAAAUAUAUCCUCUCCGGCUCCGACGAAACCAACAUCAGAAUCUGGAAAGCUGAGGCAUCAGAAAAGUUAGGAAAGCUGCAAAAGAGAGAGGUAGCGGCUUUCGAGUACAACGCCAAACUGAAGGAGAAAUUUCGUCACCACCCGCAGCUAAAGCGCAUCCGACGGCACCGGCACGUCCCGAGACCCAUCUACCAGGAGGGCAAGACCAUCCGGGUGCAACGGGAAUCCAUCAAGAGAAAGACUGAGAACAGACGGCGACACAGUAAAAAGGGAGCAGUGCCUCACGUUCCAGAGAGAAAGAAAGGAAUUAUCACUGUGGUGGAGUAAACUUUUGUCCAUUUUUAUGUUUUGGUUUUUUUUUUCGGGAGGGGGAUUUUUUUUAACCUUAACCUUUUCAAAUCCUCCAAAAUCCUCUUUGCAAUAUGAAAGAUUUUACAGGACUGAGGCUAUGUGGCAAAAAUGUGUGGCUAAUUUUGGAGGAUGCACUGUGUCAUGGUCUUA